AUGGGCGUCGGAUUCACUUUUGAGCCCCUAAAGCUCGCCCUGCAGAUAGGGCGUGUGGACCUGUGGUAUGGAGUAGAGAAGGAUGGUUUCUCCUCAUUACUUGCAAAUGUGUCUGCAUUUGCCUUUGCAACCGAUUACGUUGAGGGAGGGGUGUUGACGGCGCUACUUCCUGGCGGCAUUCAGUGCUCGACGAGACGCACGGCAAAUGAUGCAACGAGCGUGGCCGUGUCUGUGGGAGCGCUAGAAGCGGCAUGGAAGGUGGCUGUUACGCAAACGCUGUUGCUGCAUGCUGUUGGCGUGCAGGUCAAUGUGUCUGGGGAUGCGAUGUACGCCGCGGCCCAAAACUGUCAACUUCUGGGGGCCGUGAGAUUUGCCCCAAUGAAGGCCUUUUACCGCCGCGAGUUAAGUUCUGUCCCAACCACCGCGCGGCCGUAUCUCGCGUCGUCUCUGCAGUUUUGUAUGUGCCUUGCAGAGGUCUGCAUGGAUCGGCUCGCCCUCCUGGAAUUGGACCUGCUAGGGACAUUGAUGAGCGGUUACACCACUUUUUUUGUGAACGAGGUGGUUUCUACGAGGGCAUAUCAACUUUUUUUCAGUGGGUUCAGCAAUAUCGCCGUUUCCGUGUCCGCCUCGUCUUGCCCAGUAACGUUGGCAGGAGCGGCGGCGUUGGUGUGCCGCGUUAGUGUGCCCCCGGUAACUGCGGCCAGCGUGGGCACCCCACUGCGGGGCUUUGGUGAACUUCUUCCGGAGUUGCGUGACACGUCGCCAUUGACGCUGGUCAACGCCUGUGAGAGGCUUUUGGCGACGGUAACUGUCCCCUGCCUCGAGGUGGAAGUCUUUCACUGCCGUUUUGCUUCCAUUCGGCUGCGUGGAACAGUUUGCUCCUUCACAGCCACGCUGCCUAUCGCGGUUGAAGAGUUUUGGGACGACGACGUCCGCGCGAUGGAGCGCCCCUCCGUUGAGCUCGUUGUUCCCUCGGUUAAGGUAAACGCGGGUGACGCCAUCCGGCUGGAGGUGGAGGGAGCCAAAUGCACCAUGCACUCUCUUUCCUCUCUUGGGGAAAGCAGCGUCACAUUCAGCGAUUAUGAAGUAGAUAGUGACACGUUGUCUGCUGUUGGCGAGGAGGCUGUGCGUGUCGAGGUUAUGGCCUGGAAGCUGCACCUCAACGGAGUUCCGGCGGCUGACGUUGCAAGCGCGAUGCUGGGUCUAUGGUCCGAACUUGGGGUCAUGGCGAUGCGGCGCUGCGGGCGGCGCGGGCGGACGUUGGCGCGGGUGUUUCUGCUGGCGUCAACCCUGCGGGGGCUCGCGAAGGGCGCGUCCCUCUCUGGCUGCGACGGGGGCGCCGUGCCACUUUCACCGCUCCUCUCUGGUCUCGUCAGAGGGACGUUGUGUUCCGCUUUCCUCACAGGGGCGCCAAGUUUGUACUUUAUUAUCACGUUUUGUUUUGCUCUCUCACAGCUGGAUGGGGGCUGUCUGGCUUGCUCGCGCGUCCCUCGGAGGCGGCUCUCCGCCGGCUUUUUUUGCUUUUGGGUUUCGCUUUUGUGUGCGUGCUGCGUGCCGCUCUGUCGCCCGCCCGCGUGUGGGCUGCGGUGGACCCCUCUCUCUCUUUCUCUCUCUUUUGCUGAAUGUGGCUGCGUGGGGCCCCGUGUGUCUGUGUGA